AAUCCAUUGCAAAUUCUGUCGCUGCCGUGUAACGAUUUAACGAAGUAGUGUUUCUAACUUUAGUUUUUGUAUGUAUAUUUUUUAAUCCGCUUUAUUGUGUUGUUAUUGACAUUCAAUAACUUCGCAGAGUGUAGGUAUUUCUUUGUAGAGCAAUUUUGUUGUAAUGAUUGAAUUUACAUUCCCAUCCUUUGUGUACAUACUACUUGAAAAAAUAUGUUUUAUAACAAUAAAAAUAUAAAUAUUAUGUUAUUAAGCGGCCAAGCUAUCGUUGUAUGUCUAGUGCAUUUUUAGUAUAAAGAAAAAAGUCUACAGACCUUUAAAUAUCAAUUAAAUAUGAACAAACAACAAGAAAAAAAUGAAUAACAAGGGCAGGUAGACUUGUUUUGUUUAUAUAAUUUAAGGACUUAAGGAAUGCAUAUCCAUUUAAAACCAACGCAUUUCAAAUUUAUCUGCCGUCGUAAAUCAAUCCAUUUCCACUAAAAUAUUUAAAAAUUUAUAGUUUUCAACACAAAAGUAACUAGAAACUGUUAUAAAUUAAAAACAUAAAAGGAUUUCAUCACUUGGUUAUGGCCGUUUUAUCCAAAUACUAUCAACAAACAAUCCGCAAAUAUGGGGAACUUGGCUAUACCACCCAUGGUCUUAGCCAAGCUCUGGUGGGUACAGCCAUUUGUGCUUAUGCUAUAAAAAUGGCGUACCCACUGAUGAAAAAGAAUCUUUCCGUUGCCGCUAAUGCUAAUGAUGACCAAUUUACUACUACUGAUAAAUGCAACGAAAAUAAUAAUACAACGCUCAACACAAAUACUGAAAAUGAAAUAACAAUUCUAAAUCAAGAAGAAGCCAAAAUUGCAGAGGUCGAGAAGCUGCUCUUAGCAUCAAAAAAAGAGAACCAAGAAGUAUUACCGGGAUUAAAUGUUGAAUUUCUUGCACAAUUACAACAAUUGUUAAAGAUUAUGAUUCCAAAACCAAUUUGCUAUGAAACGGGUUUACUAGGAGUACAUACCAUGUGUCUGGUCUCAAGAACUUUUCUUAGUAUAUAUGUGGCAUCUUUAGAGGGUGCCAUAGUGAAAUUUAUAGUGCGCAAGGAUGUCAACCAAUUUGCUCUUAUGUUGAUGAAAUGGUUUGGUAUUGCAAUACCAGCUACAUUCGUUAACUCAAUGAUAAGAUAUCUGGAGAAUAAACUAGCUUUAGCUUUCAGAACAAGACUCGUGAGGCAUUCUUAUCGCUUGUAUUUCAAAAAUCAAAACUACUAUCGUGUUUCAAAUUUGGAUGGAAGAAUCGAAAACGCUGACCACAGGUUAACUGAAGAUAUUGCCGUAUUUGCAAGUUCGAUUGCUCACCUUUAUAGUAGUUUGACAAAACCGUGUUUUGAUCUAAUGCUCAUUGGAAUUGCGUUAAUGCGAUCCUCUCAAAAAAUGAAGGCUAAUGUCUUUUCCGGGCCAGCUUUUUCGAUUUGUGUGAUAUCACUUACAGCUCAUAUACUUCGAGUUGUUUCACCCAAAUUUGGACAGCUUGUCUCAGAGGAGGCGAACCGCUAUGGCUAUUUAAGACAUAUUCAUUCACGUAUUAUAACAAAUGCCGAAGAAAUUGCUUUUUAUGGUGGACACAAGGUUGAAUUGUCACAACUUCGCCACGCCUAUAAUCGCUUGGUAAAUCAAAUGAACACAAUUUUCACUCAACGACUUUGGUAUGUGAUGCUGGAACAAUUUUUUAUGAAAUACGUCUGGUCCGGAACCGGAAUGGUGAUGGUAUCCUUGCCUAUACUUACUAGUUCAGUCAAACCUAAAACUGAUCACUCUGGUAAUAUCACUAUAAUCGAAAGCUCUGUAAGUGAGCGCACGCAGUACCUGAUGACAGCUAGGAAUCUUUUAAUUUCUGCUGCUGAUGCUAUUGAGCGUCUUAUGUCAUCCUAUAAAGAAGUAGUAGCACUAGCAGGAUAUACCUAUCGAGUGGCUGGAAUGUUACAAGUAUUUGAAGAGACAGCGCAGGGCAUCUACAGUAAGAACACUGUGACUGCAGAUCCUCAAAACGAAGCAUAUGGAAUUAUCGAAUAUCGCAAUAAUCGUCCUGUUGCAAAGGGUAAAAUUAUAUACAAUGACAGUGAACGUAUGUCUAUAAUGUUAAAUAGAGUGCCUGUUGUAACACCCAACUGUGACGUAGUCGUGCCAAGUCUAACACUACGCAUUGAUCCAGGAAUGCACUUGCUUAUCACAGGUCCAAAUGGAUGUGGAAAGUCAAGUUUGUUCCGUAUUUUAAGUGGUCUGUGGCCAAUUUAUGCUGGAGAGUUACAUAUACCCCGACCAAUUGAAGGCAAGCCUUGUAUGUUUUAUAUACCACAAAGGCCGUAUAUGUCCAUUGGUAGCUUAUGCGAUCAAAUAAUUUAUCCCGAAACCCGUGAGGAUAUGCUUAGAAAAGGAGUAACUGAGGCUCAACUUAAGGAUAUCCUUAAAAUGGUCAGCUUGGAACACAUUGCUCAAAGGGAUACUUUUGAUAUAAUUCGAGAUUGGAAAGACAUUUUAUCGGGUGGUGAAAAACAACGUAUGGCUAUGGCUCGGCUAUUUUAUCAUAAACCAAAAUAUGCUCUUCUCGAUGAAUGUACAAGUGCUAUUUCCAUUGACGUUGAGAGUUCUAUAUAUGACAUUGCUAAAAAUAUGGGUAUAACUCUGCUCACUAUCACUCAUCGGCCUAGUUUGUGGCGGUUUCAUACUCAUAUACUUGAAUUCAACGGUCAGGGUAGUUGGUCUUUUAGGAAAUUGGAAUUAAACGAACAGCAAAAACAGCAAUAGUUAUCUUCGACUAUCCUUUACGCAAAGAACUUCUUCUUUUGUAUUUGAUUAUUUUCAACAUCAUUCGUAAAUUGGUAUUAAAUUUGGAUAUAAAUUAUAUCCACAAAACUUAAAAGUUCAAAUAGGUUAUAUUUUUAUUCAUAAUAUUGUAAACUUUACUCAAAUGUACGCUGGAACAUUUGAUUUUACUGAAUUAAAAAAAUAAGGAAUAUAUACGAUUGGGAUUUGAGAAAAUUAGAAAAGGUUAACAACUACUAAAUUAAUAUCAUCAAACUUGUAUCAUAUUAUUAUUCAUUAGUUUUUUUUUUGUUUGUUAAUCAUGUAAGUAAGUAGGAAAAGAAAACUAAAGUUGAGAUUCAUAAGGCUACAAGCGUGAUUUUAUUUUAUAAAAAAAAGUUCAAACUUAAA